AUGUUAAGACGUCAAUUAUUCAACAAAGUUUCUGCCAGAACUAUGAUUACCUCCCAUUGUGUAAUGAUCAAGGAACACGGUCAACCUAAAGACGUGUUGUUCACCCAUGAGUAUGAAAUUGACGACGAUAAUUUGAAAGAAGAUUCAGUAUUGGUUAAGACAUUAUCUUCACCCAUCAACCCCAGUGAUAUCAAUCAAAUUGAAGGUGUUUAUCCUUCACAACCUCCCAAAACUCAAGAUUUAGGUACUUCAUUCCCCACUUUUGUCUGUGGUAACGAAGGAUUGUUCGAAGUGGUCAAAGUUGGUAGUGGUGUUAAAGACUUCCAAGCUGGUGAUUGGGCAGUUCCAUUGAGAGUUAAUAUGGGGACUUGGAGAACUUAUGGAGAGUUUUCUAAAGAAAAAUUAUUCAAAAUCCCUAACCCCCAACAAUCCAAGGAUCAAGGGAAACCCCCCUUGAAUGUCGUCCAAGCUUCAACCUUAUUGGUUAAUCCAUUGAGUGCAUACUUGAUGUUAAACAACUUCAUGAAGUUAGAGAAAAAUGAUUGGUUCAUUCAAAAUGGUGGUAAUUCAGCUGUAGGUAAAUAUGCCACCCAAAUUGGGAAAAUCAUGGGAGUUAACUCCAUUUCUGUCAUUAGAGAUAGACCCAAUAUUGAUGAAGUUAAACAAGAUUUAAAGGGUUUAGGUGCAACUCAAGUCAUUACUGAAGAAGAAAACAACGAUAGAGAGUACAGUAAACAAGUUAAAAACUGGAUCAAAGAAUCUGGUGGUAACUUGAAAUUAGGAUUAAAUUGCGUAGGUGGGAAAUCUUCUACUGGAGUCGCUAGAAAAUUACAAAAUGAUGGUUUAAUGUUAACUUACGGAGGUAUGUCAUUCCAACCAGUUAUCUUACCAACAUCUAUCCAUUUAUUCAAGAACAUCACUAGUGCAGGGUUCUGGAGUACCACCAUUGUUGAGAAAGAUCCUUCCAUUAAGAAAAAAGUCUUGGAUCAAUUGGUCAAUUGGUACCAAUCUGGUGAAUUGAAAGAAGCUCCCGCAAAAGAAAAUUUAUUUGAAGCAGGGGACUUGUGUGAUAUGUACAAACAGGGAAUCAUCGAUGCCAAAUCAGGUAAACAAUUAGUUACCUUUAAAUAG